AUGCCGAGCGCUGUUGGACACGGAGGAAACUUGUGGAGAGUUGUCGUGAGCAGUUCGCAGCUGAUCAAACUGGACUGUCUGUGUUCCGGAUCAGGAAGUAACUCCGCAUCGCGUCACCUGAUUGUAACUUUCGUCACUCCACUAAAGCCGUGCGACAUGUGGCCGUACAAGCAGCGAGGGAUCCGCGUGUCCCAGCAGGAACUCCUGUGUAAGAACUCCUGUGGUUUCUAUGGCAACCCGGCCUGGCAAGGGUACUGCUCCAAGUGCUGGAGAGAGAAGACCCGGCCCCAGGGCACAAACUCCCAGGAGAGCAGACCCAACAACGAUGGAACGCCCGUCACCUUCUCCAAGUUUGAGGAGAAGAAAAGCGCGGAGAAAGGACGUCGUAUUCACACCAUGAGGAGACUGUUCUGGGGCUCUCCAUCCUCCACCAAAGAAGAAACGUCUGAGAUUGACCCCGAUACGAUAAAGGCCUUCCAAAGUCUGGAGCGUGGGAAUUUCUGUGGUUUCAUCAAACUGCUCCGCUCUCCUCCGUGCCAGCGCAUGCAGUCCCGCUGUACGGCCUUCCUCAACACCAUCGAGGCCUACCAUAGUUUGCCAGUGCAGAAGCAGUCAGAAAUAGUCCUGGAUUUUUACCAGUCUUUUGCCACAUAUUUUAAUGGCAUCCCUGAGUCGCAGAUCCACCACGUCAUGGAGCACGUGGAGAAGCUGGUGAUGUCGCGUCUGCACCGCUGGGUUUUCUGUCACGACUCUUCCGACGACGAACAGAGAGAUCUAACUCUACAGAGACGGAUACGGUCGUUAAACUGGGUGACCCCCGAGAUGCUGGAUGUGCCCUUCCCCGACACACCCACUGGAGUUGCUGGAGACCCCUUCCUGCCUGCGAUCACUGCCAUAAUCGAGGUGGAUCCGAAGCGCGCCCCUCAGGACAAACUGGCCUGUGUGUCCAAAUGCUGCCAGCUCAUCUUCCAGGCUCUGUCCAUCUCCAACAGCGAGCCGGCCAACGCGGAUGACUUCCUGUCGGCGCUGGUCUACGUGCUGCUCAAGGCCAACCCCCCGCGCCUGCACUCCAACAUGCAGUACGUGAUCCGCUUCGGCCUGCCACACAGCCUCAUGGCCGGGGAGAGCGGAUACUUCUUCACCAACCUGUCGUGUGCCGUGGCCUUCAUCGAAAACCUGGAUGGAUCUUCUCUAAACAUGAGCCCCGAGGAGUUUGAAGGCUACAUGCUGCGCCAGAGUGCUCCGUCUGCCGCGCACAGGAGGAAACACGCAACCGAAACCACGCAUCUCUUGCUGGAGAAGCUGAAGUCCCGACAGGAGAGUCUGGACCGGGGCGUGGAGGCUCUCAGCACGCAAAUGACCCAGUGGAUGGAGACGGUCACGGCUCAGUUAGACGAGACCACCUCCAAGUUUGCUCUGGUCCAGAAUGAGAUCAAUGCUCAGACCCAGAACUCUUCUUCUGCCCAGGAGACGGACGGUACUGACAACUAA